AUGGCAUCUGGCGGUUGGGUGGCAGAGCUUGAUAAGAAAGAACACAAAAACUGGGUGAUGGUUGGUUGUGCCCUGAAUAUUACCAAAAAAGGAAUUACAUCAAAAAUUCAAAACAAAAUGGAAACUUGGUACCAGUCCCUUAUUUCCAGUCCUCCGCUUCAGUCACUUCCAUCUUGCGCUUGCGCAUCGUCAGCAUCAAAGUGCCUCACUUGUGACACUUGGAAAACGACACUGAAACGUCACCAUACAUCCGGGCGACCAAAGAUUUACUGGGACAACAGUGACCGAACACAGUGGGGAUCUCCGACUGGGGCAUGGGAGAUAGCUAAAGUCUUUAUGCCAACUCUUGGAGGUCGUAAAAAAGAUGUUGUCGACGCCGAAACUACGGACAUUGGUGGUCUUUUGAACCUACUUGAAUGGUGUCCUUUUAUUAAUCCUCCUACGAGUCGAACAGUUUUGACGUCGGCAAGAGAUGAGUGCAGGAAUCAUUGGGCGCACGCUCCGAAACAGGAAAUUCAAGAUGCCGAUCUUUCAACCAUAUUUGGUCAUCUUAAUAAUCUGCUCAAUGACGCCGUGUUCAGUGCUGACAAAGACGCCCAGCAAUCGUCGAAAGACUUGCAAGAUUUGUUUCAUAAGGGUCUGAUAAACGUGAGGGAGUCUGAAGUAGAGGCUCUUCACUUACUUCGCCACUCACUGGUGGCUGAUCUUACAAAAUGCCAAGGUGACGUGUCUGACGCUCAGAGUAACAUUUUGAACGUAGAUGCAGAGAUAAAAAAGAUCAAGAUGGUUAUGCAGAGCGAUUUAACUGACGUGAAAGAAAAAGGGGAUCUAAACAGAGAAGAGAUAAGCAAGUUGGCACAGCAGCUGGGUGAGUUAAAAGACGUAAUGGCACAUUAUUCUAAUGACCUAUCCACCGUUCUGAAAGCUGUCGAUGAUUUCAACAGAUUUCUGAAUAAAAGGGAUGACCUGCAAAAAGUCUUCGAAGCUAUCCAAGAUGACUUAGAAGUUGUCAAAACUAAACUGAGUGUAACACAGUCUAAAGUUGCCAACACUGAAACCUCCCUAGCAAGUUUGAAAGACAAAUUGAUAGAAGUGCAGAGAGUAGCAAUGGAGACAUCCACAGAGGUGUCUAUUUUGCAAGAGAAAGUGGUAGUCUUGGAAAAAGGGCAAACCACACAAGAACAGAAUGACAGUGAUGAUGACGCGUUGUGCACGGCUCCAAGUAGGUUACCACUGUUCACAGGUCGUAAGUCAGCUCUUGAUUGGCUUGAAAAGAACCUCAUUUUAGAGAGCGUUGAGGCCAACCCUGGGACUUCCUGUUGCACCAAAACAGUAUGCGGGCUUGGAGGCUGUGGGAAGACAUCUUUGGCUGUAGAGUUCGCUUGGAGGCACAAAAAUAGCUUCCCAGGUGGGGUGUUCUGGAUCAAUGGCGAAAGCGAUGAAAAGAAAAAUAAAUCAGUUGCUGAGAUGCUUUCGCUGGGAAACAUUCCUACCUCAACAAAUGACAGCAUCGAUGACACUUUGAACAAAUUCCUUACGUGGUUGUCCAAGAAGGACCUUCCAUGGCUUCUUGUGAUGGACAAUGUGGACGAAAUGCAAGAUCCUAUGUGUCCUGCAAGUGUAAAGAAGAUAUGCAAGGGACCUUGGCAAAGAACUGUUAAAUCACUAAAGAACGGCCACAUUCUUUUAACAACUAGGCAAAAUGCAAAAGACGCAAAGGCGUUUCUGAGGUACUCGACUGAUGAUUUUUUAGAGUUGUCAUGCUUUAGCGUAGAGGAUGGAGCUUUGUUCUUAAUGAAAAGAACCGAUCUUCAAGGAGAAUCCCUUGACCCAGAUGCAAUUUGUUUAACAAAAGAGCUAGGUGCAUUGCCACUAGCCCUAGAGCAGGCAGCAGCAUACAUAACUACAAGUCCUAUCCCACUGAGCUUUAAUGAAUACCUAGAAAAAUACCAAGCAGUGAAGAUGCGCCUUUUAAAGCAACAGCCUGCUACAGCACUUAGCAUAGAGGCUCAACAUCGCUUGUCAGUUCAUACAACUUGGGAGUUGAAUUUCGAGUUUGUAAAGGAACAGUCACCAGCUGCUGCCAGUAUGAUGCGAAUUUCGGCCUUUUUGGAUUCUGAGAAUGUUCCCAUUGACGUUAUUAAUCCUGGUCUGCCUGAAUUAGAUCAAGAGGAAUUGAGAGAAUGUGCGCGUUCCAAGAUCGACAUUGCCUCCAUCCUUAAGGUACUGUCAAGUUAUUCCCUUUACUCUGUCGAUCAUCGAAGCAAAGUCUUUAGCGUCCACAAACUUGUUCAAGAAGUGGUAAGAACCAGUCUUACCCCAUCACAGAGGGAAGAGGCUUUGUUGGCAGCUACACGAGUUGUUUACUUGGCAUUAUGCACGCAUAGUGUUCCCUGUUUUGAACAAGAAAAGUAUGGUGCUUUGGGGGAUCUGUCAUUGUUAAAGGAAGACGAAAGGAAUGUAAUUGUUGCCCUUGUAUUGAAUUUCAACAAAUUGAAGAAUCAUAUGGAAGAGGAAAUUCAUUCAUCAAAAAGAAAUGUGGCUCGUGUACUUUACAAUGAUGACACCUUAAAAUUGUGCAACUUAGUGGUCUCCUUGAUCAGUAACAAUGUGUUUUUUAACAGAUUAAGGGCUGAAAUGAGUGAAUUUCGAAUGAAUGUUUCGAAAAUGAGUGGUAAUUCUGAUCCCAAUUCCGCUCUUGGGGCGAUGGUUUCUGCAAGUGUCAAUUUAAGAAAUUGUCCUGGAUACGAAAAGUACAAGGAGGCGAAAAAGGUGGCAUUAGAAACUGUACACAAGCUGGCUGAGAUGGAAAAGUCUGGAAUUAUUGUGAAACCCGAUAUCAAAUAUCUAGUUCUUGAGCAUAUGGCCUCUUAUCACGCGUUAGAAGGGCAAUGGAAAGAAAAUUAUAAAGCCUUGAUGGAACUCGAACGUUUAGAAAUCAACGAUGAGAACACUGUAGACCUUCAAAUCUUAAUUGCAAGAGCAGAAAAUCAGUUGUCAGCAAGUAAUUCUAGGUCGGCUUUGGUGCGUUAUAAGAAAGCGCUGGAACUUGCGAGGCGCAUUUACCCCCCUGAUCAUCGCGAACUGUUACGUGUUUUACAGUUUAUCACUUCUCAUUUGCUUAAUGAGGGAAAGGUGCACGAGGCACGAAAAUAUGCUGAAGAAUUGUUAAACAUUGCAAAGAAGCAACCACCAACAUCAGAUUUUUAUUUCAAAGGAAUAACGGACGCUGUACAAGUAAUGUGUUUUUUCGACCCCAAGACAGCAGAGGAUACACUUUUUCGUAUCUUGGAGGACAAUUGGCCAGUCAUGUAUAAAUGCAUUCAAGGAGGUGAUUUGGAUACCGGUGAAUGUGUAGUCGACGAAAGCAGCCAUGACCAUGCAGCAAUGGUUCUAUCGGGCAUAAUGAGCUGUUUCUUGAUUUCAAGCGUUCAGCCGGAAAAAAGUAAACAGGCAAAAUUUAACGGCAAGUUGUAUCGCAACAUUGGAGAGAUGUUAUUGUCACUGCGAAGGAAAAUGUAUGACGAGAGCCACCAAGAAGUGCAAAUGGCAUAUUUGUAUCUCCAAACGGUAUUCGCUAUCCUUGGAAAUAAGGAUGAAGCCUAUAAGCUCGGAGAACAAAUGAGGCGAAGCAACGAGAAACCAGUCGCUAAACCAUUAUCCGCACGGCCUCUUUGUGAUGUCAAUGUUUUUAUUGCUAGGAAUUACAAAGAGACUGCGAACAACUUUUUUAGGGCACAAAAAUAUUCGGAGGCUCUAGAGUUCUAUCAAAAGGCGUUAGACCAAUUCCCAAACGAUGCAAAAAUACUAACUAACAAGGCGGCAACGUACGUCAAACUGUCAGAAGAGGAAGCACUUAAAAGCCAUAGUAAAGAUCCUAGAGAAGACCAACAAAUAUUUCUUCAAUAUGCUCUUCAGGAUGCGAACAAGGCAGUAAGCACAGAUCCUUCUUGGGUUAAAGGUUACUACUGGAAGGCGGUUUGUCUCGCUAAACUUGGACAAAGAGGUCCAUCCCUUGCUGCAGCUGCAGUUGCGGAACAUCUCUUGCCAUCACGGUGCACUGAUAUACCUGCAGUGAUGGAGCGCUUUGGAAGUUGCAGUACACAGGUGAUAACUACUACCGAUGACCUUUAUCAUGCCGCCAAGAGAGCAGACGGCAACAAUCUUGUGAUUUUACUCAAAGAAGGGAGAUAUGAGUUACCGAACCCACUGAAAGUUCCAGCGAACGCAGUAAUGGUUGGCAUCGGAAAAGUCCAAAUUAUCUGCCCUGGGGGUGUACCACUGAAACUGGAUGAAACCGUUUACACUGAGAACAUAGAGCUGUUACCUUCAACGGAUUCAAUCAAAAUUUUCAAAGAAAAAGCUAAGGAAAGUCUUAAUCGUGGCCAAUUGGACGAGGCUUUGUCUUUGUACAGCAAGGCAAUAACCAUUUGUCCAGAAGACGCACAACUCCUUACAGCUAGAGCUUCAACGUACUUGAAAUCUGCUGAGGAAAAGAGGAACAUAUCUGAACGGGUAUCCUUACUGGAGCUUGCGUGUAAAGAUUCAGAGUCUUCUAUCAGAGCGGAUCCUUCUUGGUUAUUAGGUUACUCCACCAAGGCAGCGAGUUUGGCAGAGUUAGGGAGGAAACACGAAGCCUUGGCUGCUGCUGCUGUCUUCAAUCACUUAAGUUGUGGUCGGGAUAUUUCUUCAGUCAUUGAACGUUAUGGAGCUCUACAAAUCGAUGCUGUUAAAAACUCAUAUGAAUUGCGUAAUGUUCUUCAAGAAAUCACAGAGCGUGAGGUAUUAAAUAAAAUUGUUCUGUUAAAUGAAGGGGAUUACCUAUUGGAGAAGACCGUUGAGAUGAAACAAGCUAUCGUUGUUGUUGGUUUGGGGAAAGUAACUGUUUCGUGCAAGACUGGAGUACCUUUUCACUUUAGACAAGAACACUUUGUCGAAAAUGUGGCACUUCGUAGCGGCUGCAGUGAGGAGCUGACAUCGCAUGAGGCUGUUUGUUCAAGAGAUGACUCUGGUCAGGAAGAGGACAUAUCUUUGGACCUACCCUCAGGGUAUGACAGCUCCAGCGCCAACAGCGAGUGCAAGGUGAACUAACAGGAACUAAAAAAUUGUACGCAAAGGUAAUAACCGUCACGUGUCAUAAGCGACAUGCAGCAAGGCAGACGGGCAGUUCAGUCCGGCUGUGUCAUUUCAGACGGAUGUAUUUCGCUGACAGGCUAGUGUACAUCGAAACAGUUUCCCCUUGCAUUAGAAUUGACGACAAAAUUGCUGAGACACUUUAAACCGUCGGACUGUAUUUUGGAUGGCAAACCCGAACUCCCAUACUGGGUCAUACGGUGCUAGUUGCUGCCACAGACCACGUAACUUGCGGAGGAACAGGCAGCGGGAAAAGGCAGUGGAGCGAGUUAAACCGUAAAAACGAAAGAUGAUGAGGUCUUUCUUGUGUACAAAGUUUUGAUUCUGUUCCUUCCUUUUUUCAUGAUAGCCAAUAAAUCAUUUUUUGUUAGGUAAACUAGUCAGACCCGGACCUUAAACUACCUAAGAAGCCGGCAGUACAGAACAGAAACAUGAGCAAGAAGUUGUUACAGCGUCCGCAACUAGAGCAAAAUUACCAGUUGUUUUGCCAAAAACUCAACAGCUUUGUAUUUAAGACUUGAGCCUUUGACAUAUGCUUAAUGUUACAUUUAAAACUGAUCAAGAAGUUAGACAAAGCUCAAUUCAGCGGCAAAUUUGCGUGAACAAAGCACAACCUGUAGAAGAAAAAUUGCUUAGGGGACUUUAAAAACCGUAGGCGUGGUUUUAUGGUUUUUAUUUUAACUAAUUAUUCGGACAAGGGACAUUUGGAGCCAGGGAAAAGUCAUCCUUAACGGCCCUUACCUUCUCAACUAGUCCGUUUUGUCUUUUACAGUACAGAUAUAUUUUCAAUCCACGUGAGGAAAUUGUUGGAAUUUUUUAAUCUGGAAGAGAAUUUUGACACGAUAAAAGACUGAUCAAAUCAUUUGGUUUUUCAUGCUGUAAUCACUUUGUAAUUUCCAUCUGGGGCGGUAGGCCGAUAUAAAGAGUGAAAAGGUUAAAUCUAUUGCAAAAGCGGGGGCAUAGUCCAGGGCAUGCUAACCGGGGAGAACUGACAUCAAAUGAAGGUCUUCUUAUGUGGUCAGCCUCUUUUUCAUCUAACAGACAGAAAAUAAAACAAAUGAUUAAUUUUUGACGAAACCCAUGGACUAACCCCCAUGGAAAAAUGAAAAAUUUUUCCACUUUUUAAAUGCGAUAUUUUUAUUGUGUAGAAAAGCUAAUUUUCUAUCUAGAACGUUAUGGAAGACUUUUUAUGGGCCAAAUUGAUCUAAGAAACAGAGAAGGAAAAAUUUGAAAUUUUUGACAAAAACCAUGGACUAACCCCUAAGCAAAAAUGCAAAUUUUUUCAUUUCAUGAAAACUGCAAAUUCUGCCGCUUUUUAAAUUCCAUGUUUUUAUAGUGUAGAAAGGGUAAUUUCAAUCUAGAACGACGUGAAAGAAUUUUUAUGGACCUAUUUGAUCUAAAAAACACAGGAUAAAAAAAGGACAUUUUUGAUCAAAACCAUCGACUAACCUCUUUGGAAAAAUGAAAAUUCUGCCCCUUGUUUAAUUCCAUGUUUUUAUCAUCUAAAAAGGCUAAUUUUUAUCUAGAAUGCCAAGAAAGAACUUUUGUGGGCCUAUUUGAUCUAAAAAAACAGAGAAGGAAAAAAUUUCCAAUUUUUGACCAAAGUCACGGACCUUUGAAAAACUGCAAAUUUUGAAAGACUUAUUAUGGGCCUAUUUGAUCUAAAACACAAAGCAUAAAAAAGCAAAUUUUUGACCAAAACCAAGGACUUACUAGUUUCCAAAAAAGCCAAUUUUGCCACUUUUCAAAUUUGAUAUUUUUAUUGUCUUGAACGGCUAAUUUUCUAUCUACAACAUCAUUAAAGGCUUUAACGGCCGGUUUGAUCUAAAAACCAGAAAGUGCAAAAAACUUCAAAUUUUUGAACAAAAACAUGGACUUUUUUAAUUCGAGAUUUUUGUCCCCGAGAAAAGCUAAUUUUCUAUCUGGAACGUCGUGAACGACUCUUUUGGGCGUAUUUGGUCUAAAAAAGGGGAAGAAAAAAAUUUCAAAUUUUUGACCAAAACCAUAGAGUGCUUUCACAUGACGUCACGGCGGCUAUAUGGGUGUCCCAAAACAAUGAAACGGCGGCCAUGUUGGCGCCCCAAACCAGUCCUGUGGGAGUUGAACUCUUUUCUUAUGCACGUGCUUUCUUUUGUUCCAAUUAAAUUUGUCUAGAUGCUGGCCACGCGAGUGAAAACGCUCUAUAGAGUGUUUUCACAUGACGUCACGGCGACCAUAUUGGUGUCCCAAAACAAUGAAACGGCGGCUAUUUGGGUGUCCCAAACCAAUCCUCUGGGAGUUGAACUCUUUUGUUAUGCAAACGUUUUCUUCUGUUCCAAUAAAUUUGUAUAGAUACUGGCCACGUGAGUGAAAACACUCUAAAGACUAACCCCUAAGCGAAAAUGCAAAUUUUGCAACUUUUUUAAUAUGAUAUUUUUAUCGCCUUGAUAGGCAUUUUCUAUCUAGAACUUCAUGAAAGUCUUUUUGUGGACCCAUUUGAUCGAAAAAACACAGAAUAAAAAAAUGCAAUUUUUUUGACCAAAACCAUGGACUAACACCUUUGCAAAAAUGCAAAUUUUGCCCCUUUUUUCAUUUGAUAUUUUAAUCCCGUCUAAAAAGGCUAAUUUUCUAUCUAGAAUGUCAUGAACGUCUUUUUGGGCGUAUUUGAUCUAAUUGCAAUUUUUUUCACUCUUUUAAUUCCUUGUUUUUUUCAUCUAGAAAGGCUAGUUUUCCAUCUAGAACGUCAUGAAAGACUUUUUAUGGGCGUGUUUGAUUUAAAAAACAGGGAAUGAUCUAGAAAGGCUAAUUUUGUAUCUGGAAGUUCAUGAAAGACUUUUCAUGGGCCUAUUUGAUCUAAAAAAAACACAGGAUAAAAAAAAUGCAAAUUUUUGAGCAAAACCAUGGACUAACCCUUAGCAAAAAUAAAAGUUUUGCCACUUUUCAAAUUCGAUAUUUUUAAUGUGUAGAAAGGCUAAUUAUCUAUCUAGAACGUUAUGAAAGACUUUUUAUUGACCCAUUUGAUCUAUAAAACAAAGAAUGAAAAAAUUUGAAAUUUUUGACCAAAACUAUGGACUAACCCCUUAGCAAAAAUGCAAUGUUUGCCGCUUUUUAAACUCGAUAUUUUUAUCGUCUAGAAUGGCUAGUUUUCUAUCUGGAACAUCAAGAAAGACGUUUUCAGGCGUAUUUGAUCUAAAAACCAGAGAAUGAAAAAAUUGCAAAUUUCUAACCAAAACCAUUGACUAACCCCUUUAGCAAAAUGCAAAUUUUGCCCCUUUUUUAAUUCAACAUUUUUUUCACUUUUUUAAUUCCUUGUUUUUUUCAUCUAGAAAGGCUAAUUUUCUAUCUAGAACGUUAUAAAAGACUUUUUACGGGCCUAUUUGAUCUGAAAAACAAAGAAUAAAAAAUUUCAAAUUGUUGACCACAACCAUGGACUAACCCCUUUCAGAAAACUGCAAAUUUUGCCCCUUUUUGAAUUCGUUGUUUUUAUCGCCUAGAGAGGCUAAGUUUCUAUCUAGAACGUCAUUAAAGACUUUUAUGGGCCUAUUUCGGUAUUUUUAUCGUCUAGAAUGGCUAAUUUUCAAUGUAGAACAUCAUGAAAGACUUUUUCAGGGUAUUUGAUCUAAAAAACAGAGAAUGAAAAAGGCAGAAAAUUAAAAAAAGAGAAUAAAAGAAUUCAAAUUUUUGACCAAAGCCAUAGACUAACUAAUCCUUAAGCAAAAAUGCAAAUUUUGCCCCUUUUUUAUUUGUUAUUUUUAUCGUCUUGAAAGGCUGAUUUUCUAUCUAGAAAAUCAUGAAAGACCUUUUAUGCACCUAUUUGAUCUAAAAAACACAGGGUAAAAAAACGCAAAUUUUUGACCAAAACCAUGGGCUAACCCCUUUGAGAAAACUGCAAAUUUUGCCCCUUUUUGAAUUCGUUGUUUUUAUCGCCUAGAAAGGCUAAGUUUCUAUCUAGAACGUCAUAAAAGACUUUUUGGGCCUAUUUUAUCUAACAAACAGCAAGACUUUUAAUGGACCUAUUUGAUCUAAAAAACACGGGAUAAAAAAUGGAAAUUCUCGUCCAAAACCAUGGACUAAGCCCUUAGCAGAAAAUGAAAAUUUUGCCACUUUCAAAUUCGAUAUUUUAAUUGUGUAGAAAUGCUAAUUUGCUAUCUAGAACGUCAUGAAAGACUUUUUAGAGGCUUAUUUGAAAUACAAACAGAGAAUGAAAAAAUUGAAAAUUUUGGACCAAAACCAUGGACAAACCACUUUGGAGAAAUUCAAAUUUUGCCACUUUUUAAUUUAACAUUUGAUCGUCUAAAAAGGCUAAUUUCCUAUCUGGAACAUCAUGAAAGACUUUCAUGGGCCUAUUUAUUCUAAAAAAAGAGAAUAAACCAAAUGCAAAUUUUUGACCAAAACCAUGGACUAACUCCUUGGCAAAAGGCAAAUUUUUGCAGUGUUUUUCUUCAACAUUUUUAUCAUCUAGAAAAUUUUAUUUUCUAUCUAGAACAUCAUGAAAGACUUUUUCCGGACCUAUUUGAUCUAAAAAACACAGGAUAAAAAAAAUGCAAAUUUUAGACCAAAACCAUGGACUAACCCCUUACCAAAAAUGCAAAUUUUUCCACUUUUUAAAUUCGACAUUUUCAUCAUCCAAAUAGGCUCAUUUUCUAUAUAAAACACCAUGAAAUACUUUUUAUGGACCUAUUUCAUCUCAAAAACAGAGAAUUCAGAAAAUGCAAAUUUUUUACCAAAACCAUGGACUAACUCCUUAGCAAAAAGCCAAUUUUUGCAGUGUUUUUCUUCAACAUUUUUAUCAUCUAGAAAAGCUUAUUUUCUAUCUAGAACAUCCUGAAAAACUUUUUCCGGACCUAUUUGAUCUCAAAAACACAGGAUAAAAAAAUGCAGAUUUUUGACCAAAACCAUAUCAUGGACUAACCCCUUACCAAAAAUGCAAAUUUUUCCACUUUUUAAAUUCGACAUUUUCAUCAUCUAAAAAGCUCAAGUAGAUUAAGGCCUGGUUCUACGUCAUUUGUGAUUUUAUGUAAAUUUUCCAAAAACUAUUGUUAAAGACAUCCUCCAGGAAUAACAGAUGGUAAAGUAAAUUAACCUUAAAAAAACUUGAAAAAAAAAUCCAAAUUACCUUGUCACGUGAUCGACCACGCCCUCUUCUGAUCGAAAAUUACAAUUAACGAUGCCCACCACUUCCUAAAGGUGUAACUCCAGUUUCUCUGUAUCAAAACUUUGACCCUACAAAGUGUCUACGAAAUCCGCCUGGAAUGGUUGGAAUCUUUAGGAGAAAGACGUUAAAUGACUUCGUUUCAUUCCACCCGUUUUUCCAAAAAGACUAUCAGUAGCCACUGUUUGGACCUACAAAAGGAAAACGGUUUGCUUUCUACAUCGUGGGUAUUUCGACCCAAAGGAUUUCUCGACAAAACAGGGCGUGGCUGGUCACGUGAUGCAGUUAUAAACAAUUUUUGAAAUGAAAGUUGAAGAUUUUGUAGUUAUCAUUAGCCUUAAUUUAUUAAACCUGGGAUAUCUUAAAAAAACUUUACAUUAGACCAGCCCCCUUUAAAAUUCUGAGGAUUUUGUAAAGAACCAGGCCUUAAUCUACUUGAGAGGCUAAUUUCCUAUCUAGAACACCAUGAAAUACUUUUUAUGGACCUAUUUCAUCUAAAAAACAGAGAAUUAAGAAAAUGCAAAUUUUUGACCAAAACCAUGGACUAACCUCUCUGGAAAAUUGCAAAUUUUGCCCCGUUCCUAAUUCCAUGUUUUUAACAUCUUAAAAGACUAAUUUUCAGUCUGGAACAUCACGAGACUUUUAAUGGGCCUUCAUGAUCUAAAAAAACAGGGAAGGAAAAAAUUUCAACGUUUUGGACCAAAAUCAUGACUAACCCUUAGCAAAAAUGAAAAUUGUGCUACUUCUUUAAUAUUUAACAAUUUUAUCGUACAAAAGCUAAUUUUCUAUCUGGAACGUCAUGAAUGACGUUUUUGGGCGUAGUUGAUCUAAAAAAAAGAGAAUGAAGACAAUUUCAAAUUUUCGACCAAAACCAUGGACUAACCUCUUAGCAGAAAAUGCAGAUUUUGCCACUUUUUGAAUUUAUUGUGUAGAAAGGCUAAUUUUCUGUGUAGAACGUUAUGAAAGACUUUUUAUGUGCCUAUUUGAUCUAAAAAACAGAGAAUAAAAAAAUUUGAAAUUUUUGAUCAAAACCAUGAAAAUUUUGCAUCUUUUUAAAGUCGAUAUUAUGAUCGUCUACGAAGGCUUACUUUCUAUCUAGGACGUCAUAAAAGAGUUUCUGGGCCUUUUCGAUCUAACAAACAGAAAAUUAAAAAAAUGGAACUUCACUAAAUUCACCUAAUUCAGAUAGUCAUCAAAUUUACAUUUUUCUAAAACGAUAAGCCCAUGAUUUAUUUCAAAAAUUCCAAAUGUUUUCAUUUAUUUUUUAUGGGAAAAAUAAGUUCAGAAAUGGUUUUCGGUGAUGUUGUAGAUUAAACAAGCCUUCUUAAGACUAUAUUAUAAAAAAUGAUUUUAGAAAGUCACCAAGUUGGCAUUUUUCCAAAGGGUUUAGCCUAAGAUUUUUGUCUAACAUUCCAAAAUUUUUCAUUGACUUUCGUUAGGAAAAAUAACUCUCGAAAUGGCUCUAAAUAAAAAUAAUUAUGACAAUGUGCUGAGUAUUGGUAUGCUUUUUAUAACCGGUUUCUUCUAGAACUCAAAAUGAAAAGGAAACAAUCAGAAAUAUCUCAGGGAUGUUUAUUGUGUUUCGGCCUAUCACAGCAAAGAUCAGGAGACUCAAAGUACAUUAUCUUAUAGCCACAAAACCACAAACUAAUUCAUUGCUUCAAACAUUCUUGCUUGCGGUUUAGUUUCUCAUGCCCGAUUGGCUUUUUUCUUACAACACAAUAACAUUCCAGAAAUAUUUCUGGUGUUUGUGGUUUUCCCUGUUCGACUAUCAACUCAACGACAAGAAAAUUGAACUUCUCAAAGCUUCCUUUAUUCGAGACUUCAGUUCAGAGUUACAAAUGUGA